AUGUUGUUGAGCCUGGAAGGGCGCUCGUCUCGGAGGACGCGGCCUCCUUUAGAAGGGCGCUCGUCUUGGGGGACGCGGCCUCCUUUAGAAGGGCGCUCGUCUCGGAGGACGCAGCCCCCUUUAGAAGGGCGCUCGUCUCGGAGGACGCAGCCUCCUGUGGCAGCAGCUUUGUCAGGCUUCGAGAGCGGCCCUCGCUGCCGACGUGCGUUCUCUCCUGGAGCCAGCCGCGCCCAGCCCUGCGCGGCGUCCUGUGGCCUCACCAGCACCAGGGGGCUUCCGGCAGCCCGCGGCGCCGGCUGGGACGGAGCUGUUCUGAGUGACGGGUCCAGCGUCACAGCUGGGGCUCCCGGGGUUGGUUUGGGUUUUCCUGUGGACCUGCCGGGCCCUGCUUCCCGCGGCCGGUCCCGGCAGUGUUGCCAGCUGACUGCUGCCUCUCACUGCUGCGUUGCUUAG